AGAACUAAUAUGGAAGGAGGAGUUGUACAAGCUCAUGCCUCUGCUUUCAGAGAAUGUUUGUCUCUAUCAUGGAAGAAUCCAUACGUUCUUCGGCUUGCUUUUUCUGCUGGAAUUGGUGGCCUUCUCUUUGGCUAUGACACUGGUAAGUUUUAUAAUCUCUAUCACCUUCAAACCACACUCUCUCUCUGUUUUUAGUUCGCAUAUAAAACACCCAUUUCUCUGUAUCACUGUCUCUGUGUUCCUCUGUUUUUCUCUGUUUUUGCAUCUUUGGAACAUCGAUGGUGGUGGGCAUGUGUAGGAGUGAUAUCUGGGGCCCUUUUGUAUAUCAGAGAUGAUUUCAAAGCAGUGGAUAGAAAGACAUGGCUUCAGGGACCUUGUCUAUUCUCAAGGGACACGAAUGCCCUAUAUUUUGGCUAAGGAAGCCAUAGUGAGUAUGGCUCUUGCUGGAGCAAUCAUAGGUGCUGCAGUUGGUGGAUGGAUUAACGAUCGAUUUGGAAGAAGAAAAGCAAUCCUUAUUGCAGAUACCCUCUUUUUUAUUGGGUCUGUUGUCAUGGCUGCUGCUACCAAUCCAUCUAUCCUCAUUGUUGGUCGAGUUUUUGUUGGCCUUGGUGUUGGAAUGGCUUCAAUGGCAUCACCUUUAUACAUCUCAGAAGCUUCUCCAACAAGGGUUCGAGGAGCUUUAGUUAGUCUCAAUGGAUUUCUCAUUACUGGAGGACAAUUCCUUUCCUACCUCAUCAACUUGGCCUUCACAAAGGCACCAGGAACAUGGAGAUGGAUGUUAGGAGUAGCAGCAGUACCAGCUUUGGUACAAAUCAUACUAAUGAUAAUGCUGCCAGAAUCGCCACGUUGGCUAUUUCGAAAGGGAAGAGAAGAAGAAGGUAAAGAAAUUUUAAGGAAGAUUUACCCACCCCAAGAAGUUGAAGUUGAAAUUAAUACUUUGAGGGAAUCAGUUGAAUUGGAAAUCAAGGAAACAGAAGCGUCAGAAAAAGUCAGCAUAGUCAAAAUGCUAAAAACUAAAACUGUGAGAAGAGGAUUGUAUGCAGGAAUGGGCCUUCAAAUCUUCCAACAGUUUGUAGGGAUCAACACUGUCAUGUACUAUAGCCCUACCAUUGUUCAGUUAGCUGGUUUUGCAUCCAAUAGAACAACACUUCUUCUGUCACUUGUCACAGCUGGGCUAAAUGCAUUUGGUUCAAUUUUAAGUAUAUAUUUCAUAGAUAGGACAGGAAGGAAAAAACUUGUGUUGUUCAGUUUGUGUGGCGUUGUAAUCUCUCUUGUUGUUUUAACUGUUGUGUUCCAUCAGAGUACAACUCACUCCCCAAUGGUAAGUGCAAUCGAAAUCUCUCACUUCAAUAAUACUUGCCCUGAUUACCGUACAGCUGUGAAUCCUGGUCGAUGGGAUUGCAUGAGGUGCCUAAAGGCCUCUCCAGAGUGUGGCUUUUGUGCUUCUGAUACUAAUAAGCUACUACCUGGGGCAUGUUUGAUAUCCAAUGACACGUCAAAGGAUCAGUGCCAGAAAGAACACAGGUUAUGGUACACGAGGGGAUGCCCUAGUAAAUUUGGAUGGCUAGCAAUAAUAGGCCUUGCACUUUAUAUCAUAUUCUUCUCACCUGGGAUGGGAACUGUGCCAUGGGUUGUCAACUCUGAGAUUUAUCCUUUGAGGUAUCGAGGAAUUUGUGGAGGAAUGGCAUCAACAUCCAAUUGGGUCUCAAAUCUUAUUGUUGCACAGUCCUUCCUAUCCUUGACACAAGCUAUUGGGACAUCAUGGACAUUCAUGAUAUUUAUAUUCAUCACCGUUGCAGCCAUUAUCUUUGUUAUUAUCUUUGUGCCAGAAACCAAAGGGCUUCCAAUGGAAGAGGUGGAGAAGAUGUUGGAAAGAAGAUCUCUACACUUCAAAUUUUGGCAGAGAAGUUCCCACUCUGAAGAAGUACUAACACAAAAGACGUGACUCUUAUUUGGAUAAAUUUAUGAAUAAGAAACAAUAUUAAAAAUAAAUAUUUUUUUCUUAU